AUGGCAGCCAAUGGUUCCGUCGAUAAAGCUCUUGCGGAGGCUAAGGCCCUCGUCGCUGCUCUCGAAUCUCACGACGGUACCCCUGCAAGUCACCUCGCUCUGCUGAAGCGCACCGAUAACAUUCGCUGGGCACUUGAGGAGCCCUCCGACAUCAUCACUCGAUGGCUGGACAAUACCGGCGCCUUGUCCGCUGCUUACAUUUUGACUCGCAUUGGCGCAUUCAAGGAAAUCUCUACUGAUGGGACUGGCGUUCCCGCCAGCGCCAUCGCCAAGAACUGCAACGUCGAUGUGUCUGUUGUCACACGGACUAUACGUCUUCUCAUCACCCAGGGAAUAUUCACGGAGACUGGCGUUAACGAGUACACCCAUAACUCGCUGUCCCUCGCCUUUGCCUCAGACUUUCUCAGGGGCUUCAUUUCUAUGCUGGGUGACAUGGUCAAAACAUGGUCUGCGUUUCCUGAGUAUGUCAAGGCACACAAGCCCGACGACAUCUAUGAUCUCAAAAAGAGCCCCUUCGCAUUUGCUGCGGGCCAUGAGGGCAAGACGUACUACGAGGUGAUCGAUCUUGACCCCGAGGAGCGCCAUCUCUGGAAUAUUGUACUCUCAAUGCUAGAGAAGAGCUACCCGAUCCUUGGCAUGUUUCCGUUCAAGGAGAUGGAGCAGGAGGUCACAAGCCAUCCAGAUCGACCCUUUAUAGUCGACGUUGGAGGUGGUCGUGGCCAGGUGCUUCACGCAGUGCAGAAAGAGUGUGGGGGUUCCUUUGGCGCAGAGCUCAUUCUUCAGGAUCUCCCAGUAGUCAUCGACUCGUUGAAACCCGAGGAGACUACAGGGAUCCGGCCCAUGGCGUAUGAUAUCUUCACGCCACAACCAAUCAAGAAUGCCCACAUCUAUUUCAUGCGCCGCCUCCUCCAUGACUUUUACAACCCAGUCGUUGUCGAGAUCCUCAAGAACACCAUUCCGGCCAUGGGUCCUUCUUCGCGCCUCAUCGUCUGUGAUAUGAUUAUUCCAGAACGGACGCAAGCUGGUGUAGACACAGCACUGUAUACGAUGGACUUCUCUCUCCUGACUGUCAGCGGUCAAGAAAGGACCCUGGACGAAUUCAAGGCCAUUUUCGAUGAGGUUGGCCUAGAGUUGAUCAAAGUCUAUCCUUCUGGUAUCGGGCAGACCGCCAUGCUGGAGACGCGGCUCAAGAGUCGGUAG